AUGGCUUCCUCGCGCAUAACUCAGAUCAGCAAGCAUCUCGGACCUGGGAACUCACGAACACCAGAUCCCAAGCCUGCUGAGCCUUACGUAGUCGUCGAACAACCCCUAGGAACAGGAAAAAGGGUCCGCAUCAUCACAAUCGGCAGCGGCGCAAGCGGCCUCAACAUGAUCCGCACCUUUCGUCAGAAACUCACAAACUUCGAACACAUUGUCUAUGAGAAGAACCCCGAAGUUGGAGGUACUUGGUACGAAAACCGCUAUCCGGGAUGCAAAUGCGAUAUACCCUCGCACAACUACCAAUUCUCCUGGAAGCCGAAUAAAGAGUGGAGCAGCUUUCUGUCUCCGGCGGAAGAGAUUCAGACGUACUUGUGCCGCUUGUGUGACGGCGAAGACCUACGGCGCCAGAUCAAGACUAAUCAUCUCGUGACAGGAGCAUUCUGGGAUGAAGAUGCUGGGGGAUGGACGGUCAGGGUGAAGAAUUUGGAGGACGGUGUGGAGUUUGAGGAUUAUUGCGAGUUUCUGCUGAACGCGAGUGGUAUUCUCAACAACUGGAAGUGGCCAGAUAUUCCCGGCUUGCACGACUUUUCCGGCUCCCUCCUUCACAGCGCCGACUGGGAUGAUAAGUUUGACUGGAAAGGAAAAAGAGUCGCCAUCAUAGGCAAUGGCUCAUCUGGUGUUCAGAUCGUUCCAGCUGUACAAAGAGGGAAAGACGCAAAGGAAAUGAUUCAUUUUAUUCGGGGACCAACUUGGAUUAUGCCGCCUCGGGUUCAGACAUUGCUACUGGGCAAAGCAAAGCAAACGAUGGAGCAGAUCGAGUUGGACGAUGAUGAGAACUUCACGCCAGCUCAGAUUCACAAGUUCAAGUCGGAUCCUGCACUCUACAAGUCGUUCGUAAAGGCCAUAGAGGAGCAAGUUAACAACAAUUUCUUCCUCGUUGGUGACCCAAUCUUCUCUUUUCUGAACUUUCCACUAACUGUAAGGCUCCAGGUAUUAAAAGACUCGGAGACUCACCGACAAGCAACAGCAGGUGUCACUCAAUACAUGCAAUCAGCACUCAACGACGACCAAAGACUGAUCGAUAUCCUGAUCCCCAAGUUUCCUAUUAGUUGUCGUCGGAUGACACCAGGUGUGGGGUACCUAGAAUCGUUGACGAAACCCAAUGCGAGAGUCAUCUCGGGAGGAAUCGCUCGCGUAGUCUUGGAUGGCCUGGUUACAGAAUCCGGGGAACACAUUGCGGUUGAUGCCAUCGUGUGUGCCACAGGAUUCGAUGUCUCGUUUCGCCCGCGGUUUCCCAUUAUUGGACGGCGGUCUACAAAUCUCCAGGAUAUCUGGGCCAAGGAUAUCCCGAAAGCCUACAUGUCUUGCGCGGUUCCCGAGAUGCCUAAUUACUUUGUCUUCCUCGGUCCAAAUGCCCCAAUCGGCCAUGGCAGUGUCUUCACGAUAACCGAGCUGCUCGCAAAAUACAUCGCCGGCAUCAUCAAGAAAUGCCAAACUGAGGGCAUCAAAUCCAUCAGCCCCAGCCUCGACGCAGUCAAUGAGCUUCACGAACAUACCCAAGCCUUCAUGCCGCGAACAGCGUGGGCAGGGUCCUGCAGGUCCUGGUUCAAAGGUGGUGCUGUGGAUGGACCCGUCACGGCGCUGCAUCCCGGGAGCAGAAUCCACUUUUUCCACAUGUUGGAGAACUUUCGAGGUGAGGAUUGGGAUUAUGUACGGUCCACGGCUCAAUCGUUACCUCUGACAAUCUGUGGUGUAUCAGACCUAUCAAUCACCUCCAACACAACCUCCAACAUGGGUACAGACGCACAAAAGAGGGUCAGCCUGACCUUCCUCUCAACCGGCUCAGUCCGCAUCAAACUCCCCAUGAAAAGCCAACCGGUAAAAUCCUACCUCGACCAAUUCGUCACCCUGCGCCGCUUCCGCUGCAUCGCAAACCGCCAAUGGACGGAACCCCUCCCCAUCGGCGUCUUCCUCAUCGCCCACCCAGGAGGACCAAUCCUCUUCGACACGGGCGAGUCUCCCUGCUUCAAUGACCCGGGCUACCUCCCCUACCUAUCCCCGACAAAGAUGUUCAGCAGCGUGGACAUCAAGCCUGAAGACGGAAUCGUGCAGCAAUUACAGCGUCUCGGUGUGGAGCCCAGCGAUCUACAGGCCAUCGUGCUGAGUCACCUCCACGGCGACCACGCUGGCGGAUUGAAGGCUCUGAAAACUGCUGCGCCGGACGUUCCUGUGUUCGUGAGCAAGGAGCACUGGGCCGCUUUUGGGAAUAGCCCCAUGACCGCGACGCUUGCGGGGUGCGUGCCACAGCAUUGGCCGGAAGGAUUCCAGCCUACUCUUGUGGAUUUCUCGGCCGGGGCCGUGGGGCCGUGGGAGACGUCUGGCCGGGUCACGGCUGAUGGGAAGGUUGUGGCGGUGCAUACACCCGGUCACGUCCCCGGCCACAUUUCGCUAGUCGUGUAUGGCGAUAACGAGGACGGAACAACAUCGACGUACUGCUUGCUUGGGGACGCGAGCUAUGGUAUCGAUUUGCUGGAUAAGGAAGAGCCGGAUGGUAUUAAUGACGACCCCAUGUCGGCGUUGGAUAGCUUGCGAAAGAUCAAGGCCUUUGCGAAACAGAGUGAUGUGGUUGUUCUUCCUAGCCAUGACCCGGAUACACCUCGAUUGCUGAAAGAGCGGGUGUUGUACAAGCCACAGGAUAUUUGA